CAGAUAUUACAGGCUUAUUGAAGAAUCCAUCGACCCUUGUAUGGUGUCUCCACUUAGUGCAGAAUGGCUUCAGGGAAUCUAUUCAUACAUACCAGCAGAACUUUGCAAGGUGUGGAGCAAAUCCCUUCAGGAUUUAACAAAGGAGGCAGAGGAAAACUAUAUCUAUGCUAUUAAGAAGUCCAUUGUAGACUAUAUAUUACUGGAUCCGAUGGAACAACAGAGGCUUGAAAUUACGAUAUCACCAAAGAUGUCUAACAGCGCUGGAUGGCACCAUUUUCCAUGGCAUGAAAGUGUUAAAGCAGCAUAUGUCAAACUGAAGAACAAGUUGCACAUCACACAUCCAGUCAUGUCUAAAGUGUUGCUUCACUUCUAUACAAAGUAUGCAAACUUUAGACUACUUGAUAUUGACAACCUUAUGCAUAUUGUGCCUAUGAAGAUGAAUGAGUUCUUAAAUCACAUAAGAAGUGAAGCCAGAAAGAAAUCUGAAGAACUCCAAGAGACAUGGCUUAGAGACUGCUGUGAUAUUGUGACUCAAAACAGAGAGAACAUAGAAUCUGAGAUGCCACAAGAUGAGAAGUUACGGAGGAAAAAGAUGGAUCACUUAUUUUGCUGCUUAGCGACACUAAUGUCCAAUCUUCAACGAAGUAUAGUAGAAGCCUCUAUUGCUGACCUUGUGAAAAUGGUUGAAGUAUAUGAUGAAGGAAAUCACUAUGAAGGAAAUUGCCCAUCAGAUGAUGUUUGGCUCAUAGAGAAACCUCAUCUUAUUUUACUAUUUGUGAAACCAUUCUUGAAAGAAUCGGAUGUCAGCUUUAAUCCAUCUGUUGAAGAGAUUGUCUGUGGCUUUGACAACACAGUGGAUAGUUUGGUUAUCAGUGUCCAGCAGAUGGCAAGGAUUGAGACUUUUCUUUUCCAGGUAAUAGAGAGUGUAUCAUAUAUACAUCAGUUCAGUACAAAUCAUGAAGUAGCACACCUUGUCCUAAGUCAACUCUACCUCAAGGAGAGUUAAUUAUAAGGGCUGGCAAUGAAUGUUUUUUGUGUGCUUUUAGAUAUGCCAAAGUGUACAAACCUUUUCUACAAAUGCUCUCUCCUCAAAUUGAAAAAAGCGUCUUGAAACACUUGCACAAAAAGAUGUCAGUUUGAAAGUCUAUGCCAGAGAAAUUAACAAAAUGAAAGAACUGGCAUCAGAUGUUGCUUUGUUGCCAGUAUUUGUGCCCAUGAAGAUGAUGCUUAUGGAUUGCUCUGAGUUUAAACAGCAAAUGAUUGAUCGUACCCACCAGCUGACUAAUAUCAUAAUUAAUAAAGUUACUUCCACGUCAAUGAAGUUUAAUCGAAAAAUUUGUUGGCAGUAUGAUGGCAUUGUCACAAAAAUAUCUGCCAUGGCUGCAUCAACAUCUGCUCUUGUUGAGCUGCAAAACUACAUUGACAGUCUGAGAAGCAAGGAGCUACCAGAGAUUCAGGAAAAGCUGGCAGUGGCAGCAGAAAAUCUGCUUUUCCUAAUGGACUAUGCAUCCUUAUCAAAAGAGGACAUUAUUCUUAACGGAAACACGUUUUCCUGGCCUCAGAGAAUCAUUCCUAUCAUUAACAGCAGUGAGACACGACUGCAGAGGGAGCAUGAUGGGGCUCUGGCAAGGCUCGCACAGUGGCAGAAGGAUUUCACAAAGCGCUUGGCUGAUGUACUCAUUGAGGUGAAAGACUUCCAGAAGAAAGACCGGAUGACUGAAGCUACUACUAAUGUACAGAAGCUUAGCUCCAUCAGCAGGAGAAUACAAGACUUUAUGGAAGAGAGAUCUCUAAUUAACAAAGAGGAGAUGCUUUUAGAAGUUGAACAAAUAAGCACAUUCGAUCAUAUAGCUGAGAUCUGUAGAAUAAAAGAGCCCUAUGAAGAACUAUGGACAACCGCUGCACAUUUUAGCACUUGCUAUGAGAAAUGGAUGAAUGGGCCUCUUCUACAGGUCAAUGCAGAAAAGGUAGAGGAGGAGGUGCAGAAUUUAUGGAAGACUAGUUACAAACUGACAAAAGCAUUUUAUCACCCGGACUUACACGGACCUCUUAAAGUCGCUACAACCAUUAAGACCAAGCUUGAGAAGUUUAAGAUCAACAUGCCCCUUGUAACAGCUUUGUGUACACCAGGGAUCAAGCCAAGACACUGGAACCUAAUGAGCAAAAAGGUCGGAUUUAAUAUCACUCCACAUGAGAGCACAACUCUGUUUGAAGUUUUGCAGUUUGGUCUAGAAAAAUAUCUUGAUGAUUUAAAUCAGAUAAGCUCUCAAGCAAGCAAAGAGUAUGCUCUGGAGAAAGCACUCAACAAUAUGAAAAUAGAUUGGGAGGAUAUAUGCUUCAACUUUUCACCCUACAAGGAUGGAAAUAGCUAUGUACUGGCAGCUGUUGAUGAAAUUCAGGUUUUGCUGGAAGACCACAUUGUGAAAACAACAACCAUGAAAGGUUCUCCAUUUAUUGAGCCAUUUGAAAAAGAAAUAUUAGCAUGGGAAGCUAAGUUGAGACACUUUCAGGACACUUUGGAUUCCUGGCUUCGAGUUCAGAUGGCCUGGUUAUAUCUGGAACCAGUUUUUGGAUCAGAGGAUAUACGUAACCAAAUACCAGUAGAAGGGGAAAAAUUUGAAACUGUUGAUUUCAGUUGGAGGCUAAUAAUGAGGGAGUCUGUGGAGGUGGCCAACGCCAUGAGGGUUAUCUCGCAGCCCCAGAUGCUGGGAUAAGUUGAAGGAGGCAGAAUUGCUGUUGGAUGACAUUCAGAAAGGCCUGAAUGAUUAUUUGGAGAAGAAAAGGCUAUUCUUUCCAAGGUUUUUCUUUUUGUCCAAUGAUGAGCUGAUAGAAAUCCUUUCGGAGACAAAAGAUCCACUUAGAGUUCAGCCACACCUUAAGAAAUGCUUUGAAGGCAUUGCAAAACUCAGGUUUAAUCCCAAGAAGGAAAUCACUCACAUGGAGUCAACGGAGAAUGAAAAAGUGGAGCUUGUGAUGAGAAUCAUUCCAGCGCAUGCCAAGGGGCUAGUUGAGAAAUGGCUUCAUGAG